UCGAAGCGGAAGAGUCAGGAGAAGACUUUCGACGAGGAGGGUGUUAGCAAAAUCAUCAUGGCGGGAUGCAUGAAAAGUAUAAACGGUUACAUCUCAGCAAGUUCUAAGUUACUGGUUUUCACGGUGCUUUUUAUGUGCUUACCUCAGACUUCACACCAAAAAACAGGUGACACGCCUUCAAUAACUGAUCUGCAAGACGGGGAGCAGUAUGUCAUGUCGGGGCUCAACCGGUUCUGCUACAAGAAUUCAGUUGUUCCAACCUGGAGGCAAACGUGGACAAGCAUUCAGGUGAAAGUGUGGAGUUCAAAGUUGUUUAAGGUGGAGACUGUGGAAGGUGAGGAGGAGCUGCAGGAGCUGGAUCGCUUCAGUUUCUGGAGCUGGUUUCAAGGUUUUUUACGGGAACGUCACAAUGAAACCUUCAUUAACAUCAACCUGUUCAGCAAGAAGACCUGCUUCAGGGUGGAUCCUACUGCUGGAGCUCCGUACUCUGUGAAACCCAUCCGCAAGUUUGAUAUCUAUCUGUUUUUAGUCUUCCUCUCUGGGGCGCUGCUGUUUGUUUUUGCAGAAUCUCUUAGCAGGAGUCAGCUUUUCUUCUACACUGCUGGAAUGAGCACAGGCAUGCUCGCCUCUCUCAUCAUCUUCUUUUUCAUUCUGUCACGCUUUUUGCCAAAGAAAAGCCCCUUUUACAUGCUUAUUGUGGGCGGGUGGUCUUUCUCCCUGUACGCCAUCCAGCUUGCCUGCAGGAACCUCGGGGUAAUCCUACGAGAGCACUGGCACGCUGCGUUAGGUUACGUAACGGCGGUGGGAUUCAUCAGUUUUGCUGUGUGCUACCGUUACGGCCCUCUGGUGGAUGAAAAGAGCAUCAACAUCCUGUCAUGGACGCUGCAACUGCUGGGACUGCUUCUAAUUUAUCUGGGAAUCCAGAUCCAGCAAUUUGCCUUUGCCAUCAUCGUGGCAUCUUUGCUCUCCAAAAAUCUGGAAUACCCAGUCACUCUGGCAUUGAAAGCGUGGAGAAAGGUCAGAGGCUACGUUUACUGGAAGCCACAGCCGCGACGCUUGCUCACUGAGGAGGAGUAUCAGAAAGAAGCAGAAGAAGAGACCCGCCGUGCUUUGGAGGAGCUGCGGAAAUGCUGCAACAGCCCAGAGUUCAGUCCCUGGCGGGCCGUGUCCAGGCUUCAGUCCCCAAAAAGGUUUGCUGAUUUUAUUGAAGGAUCCCCCCACUUGAUGCCAAACGAGGUGUCCGUCCACGCACAGGAAUAUGGUUUCGGAGGAACUUUUUUUGAGGAUGAGUUCUUUGACACCGACGAUGAGGACGAGGAAAAAGAACUCAAGCCCGAAUGAGACGAAGAAAACAGUUUUCGUCUCUCAGAAGCACAGGUUGAGGAACACCUCACUACAGCUGUCCAGACAGAUUUUCAUGUUGGACACAGAGACUUGAUGGAGGACAUCUCUGGACUGGAUUCCAGCCAGAACUAUCACAGAUGGACCCGUGGGGCCAGAUUUGUUAGUUAUAAAUUAAAAAUAUCAAAACAAAUGUUCUUUUAGAGUUUAUGCAUUUAAGUCAUACGCAUCCUUCAAGAGGUAAACGCUUCGGUUAUGAACGAAUGAGCUGUAAUUUGGGGAUUGAGAACAUGAGCUUGUCUUUAGUGAUAAGGGGGGUUGUUUACUUUUCUGGUGUGUUUACAACCUCGUGUCUCUGAUUGGAGGGAAUAAAGAGAGCAUUCACUUCACGUCUUCUCCACACUGAGACGUUCUCUGUACCUGGAACCGCAGCCGGGUACUUUUGUAAUUAUUAUUUCAGAAGAAAAGAUUGGGCAUGUAAAUUCUUCUGUUAUUAAUUUUGAAUAAAAAUGUCUAUAUUUGUG